CAAGCUCUCAGCAGUUCUGGCUGAAGUGUCCUCAGGGCAGGACAGCAGCAGGGACAGAGGGACGAAGGCGCCUGCUGACGAGGAGGUCCCUGCCCGUCAAGAUGCCCAUCCUGAAGAGUCUAGGGGUGGCCGACCCUAAGGUGCCCCGGGCGGGGACGCUGCCUCUGAGGUCCUCUCGGAACCCCUUUGAGGAAGUUCCGGGACUGGAAGAAGACGAGGUUGGGGAGCUGGGGAGCCUGCCCAACGGAACAUCGUGUCGCCGCCGUGCCACCCUGGAGAAGCUGGCCGGCCUGGCCCCCUUCCGGCUGGGCUGGACCCCCGGCCGGCGGGCAGGCAGCCCCGGAGAUGGGCAGUCCCGCUCUUUCCUGGGCCGAGUGCUGACACCAGGGAUACGCAGGAGCUCAGCAGAUUUUGGCCUCCUGGCCAGGCUUCAGGGGACCCGAGCCCAGGGCGACGAGGAGGUGGCUGGGGAGGCCGCCCGGAGACUGGCCUUCCUGAGACUGGGACGCGGGCCCAAGCCCCGCCGCGCCUCACUGGCUGAGAGGGUGGUGCCCGCAGGCGAGGCAGCUCCCGAGCCCCCGCCCAAGGUCCCCGAGCCCCCAAAGAUGAAGGAGCCUCUGUCAGUGCUGGAGAUCCUGAGCCUGAUCCAGCAGCGCGAGCUCGCGCGAGCCGACGAGCACAUCUUGGAGCUGGAGGCCGAGGAGCUGGCGUCGUCGGGGGGCGGCGCGCCCGGGCCGCCCGGGGCCGAGGGCGCGGCCGGCGGCCGCCGGGCGCGGGACGUGGCGCUGCUGUACGAGGCCCUGCAGCCCCGCUGGGCCGAGGCGGUGGCGCGCGCGGCGCGGGAGCGCCUGGAGGCGGCGGCGCCCGGGGCGCCCGGGGGCCUGGCGGGGCAGCUGGAGGCGCUGCGGGCGCGGCUGCUGGAGGAUAUGGGCGUGGUGCGGGGCCGCCUGGCGCCCGCCUACCCCGCCGGCCUGGGCGCCUUCGGCGUCUACCUGCGCGGCUACCACGGCGCGCUCGCCGACUGGCUCGGGGCCGCCGCCCGCCGGAGGCUGCCGCUGGCCGACCGCUACGCCCUGCUGCACUGGCACAACCAGGUGUACCCCAGAGAGGUCCUAGGGCUGGUGGACCUGGUGGCCCUGGAGAAUGGGGAGCUGGGGCCCCUUCUGUCUCCUGGCACCCUGCGGGGCUUGGAGGAUGAAUGUGUCACAGACGUUAAGGCUCAGACUCGGGCAGCCCUGCUUCGGGUCCUACAGGAGAACGAGGAGCACUGGGGGAGCACGGAGGAGCAGCCCAGCAGCCUGGCGCAGGAUGUGUGUGAGUUGCUGGAAGAACAUACGGAACGAGCACCCCGCAUCAGCCAAGAGUUUGGGGAGCGGAUGGCCCACUGCUGCCUGGGGGGGCUGGCAGAAUUCCUGCAGAGCUUCCAGCAGCGGGUGGAGCGAUUCCACGAGAAUCCAGGAGUUCGGGAGUUGCUACCCGACAGGUACAUCAGUAGGACCAUCUCCCUGGUCAACUGCGGGCCUCCCUUGAGGGCUCUGGCAGAGCGCCUGGCGCGGGUGGGACCCCCCGAGAGCGAGCCGGCCCGGGAAGCCGCAGCCAGCGCUCUGGACCGCGUGACCCGCCUCUGCCACCGUGUCCUGGCUGACCUGCUUUUCCAAGAGCUGCAGCCCCACUUCAACAAGCUGAUGCGCAGGAAGUGGCUGAACAGCCCGGAGGCCCUGGAUGGCAUCGUGGGCACGCUGGGCGCUCAGGCCCUGGCACUGCGCAGGAUGCAGGAUGAGCCUUACCAGGCGCUGGUGGCCGAGCUGCACCGACGGGCGCUGGUGGAGUAUGUGCGGCCCCUGCUCCGCGGACGCCUGCGCUGCCGCUCGGCGCGGACCCGCAGCCGCGUGGCCGGGAGGCUCCGGGAGGACGCGGCCCAGUUGCAGAGGCUCUUCAGGCGGCUGGAGUCCCAGGCCUCGUGGCUGGACGCCGUGGUGCCGCACUUGGCCGAAAUCCUGCAGCUGGAAGACACGCCCAGCAUCCAGGUGGAGGUGGGGGUGCUGGUGCGGGACUACCCAGACAUCAGGCGGAAGCACGUGGCAGCCCUCCUGGACAUCCGUGGCCUGCACAACACAGCCGCCCGCCAGGAGAUCCUGGCCGUGGCCCGGGACCUGGAACUGUCUGAGGGGGGAGCCCUGUCACCCCCUCGGGACCGCGCCUUCUUCUCAGACAUCUCCGUGCCCCGCCCACCUUUCUGCCUCGGCCUCCCUCUCUUCCUGGGCCGCCUUCCCCUCUCCCGGCUGACCAGGCCCGGUCUGGCCUGCCUGCCCCGGCUUCGGCCUCCGUUUCCAUCACGGCCCCCGACCCAACGCUGAGACUCUCCCAGCCCCCUCCCACCUCAGUGCCCCCCAUCUUUGCUGCUGACAAACCGUUCUCCUGUAGGGCCCCCUCUUGACUCCCUGCCUGGGACCACAGACGACCUAGGAUGGAAAGAUCUUCAGAGGCCUUUGGGGCCACCCCUACGCUCCCUGCGUAGAAGAGAAACGGGCCGGAGGGACCAAGGACUUUCCCAAGGCCACGAAACUCAAGCUCAGCACCAGCUCCCAGCCCAGCGUGUGCUGGGUGGCGUUUUGGAAGGCUCUCGAGAAGUGUCCCAGGCCCCCCCUUUUCCCCUCACCUCAAGGUCUGGCCCCAGUCCAAUGUAUUAAGGAAUGUACGAUACUUAGAAUAAAGAGGUUUCUAUUUAACAC